AAACCAAAACAAACAAACAAUUCAGAUAGAGCAAAGAAAUCUAUUAUAGAGAUAGAGAGAGAGUGUGUGUGUGUGUGUAUGUUUGUGUGAAGGAGGGCUCUUUCUUUCAGAAAUUCCCAUAUUCUUUCUGAACCUAUUCAUGGACAAACCAAAUCAAUAAUGACAAAAUACAGACUCUUUGUAUUGUCGCCAACGCAGCCAUUGAAAAGUCCUUAAAAAACAAGAGCCUUUUUUUUAACUUUAAUAACUUGCUUUUGCUUCAUUCAUACAAAAACCUUCUUCCUGAGCUUUCCAAACCCACCAUUUCCUUUUUUUUUCAAUGGUGUGUUAGAGGCUUUGAUUCUUACUGUUGAUUGAAAGAGAGAGAUAUUUCUGGCUGGGUUGUCUUUGAAUUUGAAAACCCACUUGGGGAUUUUGAAUUCUUUGUUGACUUCUUGAUCAGCUGGGACUGUAGAAAACCCACUACUGAACUUUAUCUGACAACCCUUUUUGGUGCUCCUUAAUUGGUUGGUGAAAUGAUCAAAGACGAAGGAUCAUCAUCUGUGACUUCUUCACCACUGCAAUUCUGCCAUCUGCUGCCAUCACCUGGUUUAGGCUCACCAUAUCCAUGGAUGAGAGAGCCCAAAUCAGAAGAGAGAGGACUAUAUCUGAUCCAACUUCUUGUUGCCUGUGCUAACCAUGUAGCUGCUGGUAGCCUUGAAAAUGCCAAUAUUGGGCUGGAGCAUAUUUCUCACCUCACUUCCCCUGAUGGUGACUCAAUGCAGCGCAUUGUUGCUUACUUUACCGAAGCACUUGCUGAUAGAAUGCUCAAGAGUUGGCCUGGUCUGUAUAGAGCCUUCAAUUCGACGAAAAUAGUGUCUGUUUCUGAAGAAAUUCUGGUUCAAAGAUUGUUCUUUGAGCUUUGUCCCUUCUUGAAGCUUGCAUAUGUGAUUACAAACCAGGCCAUCUUCGAAGCUAUGGAAGGGGAGAAGAUGAUUCAUAUCAUUGAUUUAAACUCAAGUCAGCCUGCUCAGAUGAUUGAUCUUCUUCAGACUCUAAGUGCUCGCCCUGAAGGCCCUCCCCAUUUGAGGAUCACAGGCAUUCAUGAACAGAAAGAGGUGUUGGAACAAAUGGCGCUUCGGUUGACAGAAGAGGCUGAAAAGCUUGACAUCCCUUUUCAGUUUAAUCCUAUUGUAAGCAAACUAGAGAAUCUUGAUGUCGAAAGUUUGCGAGUCAAGACUGGAGAAGCUCUUGCAGUUAGUGCUGUGCUUCAGCUGCAUUCCCUUUUGGCAAGUGAUGAUGAUAUACAUAAAAGGCACUCGCCAUCAAUGUCGUCGCACCUUCAAAAACUCUCUCUUAUGAAUCAAAGACCUCUAAAAGAUUGGCUAGAAAAAGAUUCACAUAAUUUGUUGAGCAUGAGUCCAGAAUCUGCUUUGUCCCCUUUAUCAGUAAGCGGUUCACCUAAGAUGGGGAGCUUUUUAUCUGCUCUUUGGGGCCUAUCACCAAAGGUGAUGGUGGUAACUGAGCAAGAAUCAAACAACAAUGGGUUCACCUUAAUGGAGAGGAUAUCAGAAGCAUUGUUCUUUUAUGGAGCGUUGUUUGAUUGUUUGGAGUCUACAAUACCAAGAACAUCAAUAGAAAGACAAAAGGUUGAGAAAAUGCUUUUUGGGGAAGAGAUUAAGAACAUUAUAGCAUGUGAAGGAGCUGAAAGAACAGAGAGGCAUGAGAAGCUUGAGAAAUGGAUAUUGAGGCUCGAGUUAGCCGGAUUCGGCAGGGUGCCUUUGAGUUACCAGGGAAUGAUGCAGGCAACUAGGCUGUUGAGACAGAGCCAUGUUUUCAGUGGCUAUAAGAUUAAAGAAGAGAAUGGAUGUUUGAUUAUCUGUUGGCAGGACAGACCCCUCUUUUCUGUUUCUGCUUGGAGAUUUAGAAGGUAAAGCUAGAUUAUUUGACAAGGAGAUGACUUGAGUGAUUUUUUUUUCUUUUUGUUUGUUUUAAUUUUUUUUUCUUUCUGUUGUGAAUUUUAGUUUUCUUCCCUGUAUAAAGGAUCUUAAGCAUGUUCUUGUUCUUUACUGCAUAGUGUUCCUCAGGAAAUAUUACAAGAGCUUUUUCUUUUUUCUUUUUCAGUAUAA